GGCCGCGGGCGUUUGCUGGGAGGCGAGACCGCCCGCUCCCCCCGGCCGCUGCGCUGCGCUGCGGCGCGUACGGGCUCCGCCGGCUGCUAUUCCGGCUGGCGGCCACCGCCGCAGGAAGGGCCGGUUCCUGCGCUCCCCCCGCCCCCUUCCCUCGCCUUCUGCUGACGCUGACGUCGGAUGAAGGAGCUGGAGGGACGCUCCGACCGCGGCCAGGAGGCUCCUGGGGGCCGGGGCUCCGAGCUGUCACAUUUUGUACCAAAAUCAUACUAGCAUCGUGGAAGACGUACAGAGGGCACAUAGGCUUUGGAUCCUAAAAGAACAGGAUUGGAACCCUAGCUGCAACACCUAACUAGCCAUGUGACUUUCAGCAGGCAAGCCAUCAGGAGCCUGCACUGACGCCCUGGCUCUGAAGCUACUUGGCUUUGUUCUCUCAGACCCGUUAGUCACCUCCCUGGAUCACAGUAGAAAAAGAAGAAGAAGAAAACAUGUCAAGACACAAAUGCAGUUAUCCCUGGGACUUACAGGAUCGAUAUACUCAAGAUAAGUCAGUAGUAAAUAAGAUGCAGCAGAAGUAUUGGGAAACGAAGCAGGCCUUUAUUAAAGCCACAGGGAAGAAGGAAGAUGAGCAUGUCGUUGCCUCUGAUGCAGACCUGGAUGCCAAGCUGGAGCUGUUUCAUUCAAUUCAGAGAACCUGUUUGGACUUGUCUAAAGCAAUCGUACUCUAUCAAAAGAGAAUAUGUUUCUUGUCUCAAGAAGAAAACGAACUGGGAAAAUUUCUCCGAUCCCAAGGCUUCCAAGAUAAAACCAGAGCAGGAAAGAUGAUGCAAGCAACAGGAAAGGCUCUCUGCUUUUCUUCCCAGCAAAGGUUGGCCUUGAGAAAUCCUUUGUGUCGAUUUCACCAAGAAGUGGAGACUUUUCGGCACCGGGCCAUCUCAGACACUUGGCUGACGGUGAAUCGCAUGGAGCAGUGCCGGACUGAAUACAGAGGGGCAUUAUUAUGGAUGAAGGAUGUGUCACAGGAGCUUGAUCCAGACCUCUACAAGCAAAUGGAGAAGUUCAGGAAGGUACAAACACAAGUACGACUUGCCAAAAAAAGCUUUGACAAAUUGAAGAUGGAUGUGUGUCAGAAAGUGGAUCUUCUUGGAGCAAGCCGAUGCAAUCUGUUGUCUCAUAUGCUAGCAACGUACCAGACCACUCUGCUUCAUUUUUGGGAGAAAACUUCUCACACUAUGGCAGCCAUCCACGAGAGCUUCAAAGGUUAUCAACCGUAUGAAUUCACUACAUUAAAGAGCUUACAAGACCCUAUGAAAAAACUGAUUGAGAAAGAAGAAAGGAAGAUCACCCAGCAGGAAAGUGCAGAGGACACCGUGGAAGAGCCAAGGCAGUUAAUUUCAUUAGAGGAUGAAAACCAGCACAAGGAGUCUUCUAGUUUUAAGACUGAAGAUGGAAAAAGCGUUUUAGCUGCCUUAGACAAAAGCUCUACACAUAAUGCAUGCUCAGAUGAACUAUUAGACAUGAAACCCGAGGAAGGUGCUUGCCUGGGCCCAAUGGCAGAGACCCCAGAACCUGAAGGUGCUGACAAAGAUGACCUGCUGCUGUUGAGUGAGAUCUUCAAUGCUUCCUCCUUGGACGAGGGGGAGUUCAGCAAGGAGUGGGCUGCUGUGUUUGGAGACGACCGGCUGAAGGAGCCAGUGCCCACUGUGGCCCCAGGAGAGCCAGACCCCAGGCCCCAGACAGGCUCAGGAUUCCUUCCUUCACAGCUCUUAGACCAAAACAUGAAAGACUUACAGGCCUCACUACAAGGUAUUUUGGAGCAGAGUGAAGAAACAGUUUCUUGUCUCACUGAGAAGACAGGACUUCCACACCAAGAAUUAAAGCAGACGUGCAAAGAAGUAUUUGGCUGGUCAGAGAGCAAUGUCAGUCCUCCUCCUACUCCAUGGCCAGCACCACAGGCAAGCAGUCCAAAUGACAACAGCCCUGCAAUGAAAGAGCCUGUGAAGGCUGCCUCAGACCUGACUGCCUGGUUCAGCCUCUUUGCUGACCUCGACCCAUUAUCAAAUCCUGACGCUGUUGGGAAAACCGAUAAAGAACACGAGUUGCUCAAUGCAUGAGUCUGCAGCCUCACGGAGGGAGCCCACGUGCCACUCCUCGGUCACACCUCUGGGGGCACGCAGACGUAUGAAGUGAUCAGUAUGCUGUUUUAAUAUUUAUGUGCCAUUUUAAUAAAAUGAGAGGGUCAGAGGCCCUGUUUAUAUUGGUAUAAUUUACUCUUAUUUGGUAUAAAGGGUUUGAGUGUAUUCUCUAUGUGGAUCUAAUAAUACAGGAUUGUCCAGGAGCAGUUUCCAGGCUGCCGGCUCUCCUGCCUACAUCUGCAUCAUGGCUGCUGAUGUGUCACUGGGAUACCGUGAGAUCCAAGUUCAAAUCAUAAACCUGUUCUGUGUUAGGUUUAAAUAAUGAGUCCUAUAGCCUUAGAUGGGCAGUGGGAGGCUAACAGACCUUAAAUGCCUCCUUGUGUACCCCCUGCCUCUGUGGCCCUUAGAGGGGGCUGCAGGAAGACCCUCCCUUCCUGCCAAGCCACCUUCCAGUGAGCUCUGGGUGAAGCCCGGCCAACCAAAGACACUCUUCCCCAGCCCUGGCCGGGUGGGCUGUGUGUUCUCACGUGGGCAGGGGGCUGGGCUGGUCUCCACUGCACGGACCUUUCUGUGGAAAGCAGCCAUAGCUGCAGAUGCCAGUGUCCCCUUCUGUCUUCUCCAUGGCUGGAAUUCAAAAGCAUGUAUUUCUGGAGUCCCUUGUGAUAUUAACUGUUUUUUUUUUUUUUUUUAAUUAAAUGGCAGAGAUAUUUGACAUGCAAAGGCAAGUUAAUAGAGUCUGUUGUGGGGACUCAGUGGGGGAGGUGCCAUGGACGUGGGGGCUGGGGAGGGAGGAAGAGGACAAGGGCUAGUCCCACCGUGUGGGGCUGUCGACAUGAUCCCAUACAUCGCCCCCAUGCAGUCCAGGGGAGGACGGCAUGGACUUCUGUUGGCUCAGCCAGAGAUGGGAGCAAGUUUUGCACGUGGGCAUUUAAGCGGUUCAGACACUCCACCCAUGUGGAGCCCCCGGGGCUAGUGGCUCUCCUCCCUCCCCUGUGUCACCUGUGGCCCUGAGUGGGGGCACGGUUGCUGAUUAGCAAAAUUGGUCCUACGUGCCCAGCUGGGCCAGGGAGGUCUCUGCUGCACUCUUGCAAGCUUCACUCUCCAGCUCUGAAAGGGUCUCCUGUGGCCACCUCCCCCAGCAUAGGAAUGCGGCUUCUCUGCUCUCUGUGGUGUGCCCUUAUGGAAGGACCUGGCCACAGCAGUAGUUACCAUCCUCUGCAAGACAGCCUUGGGGGCCUGGAAAGCAUUCUCCUCCUCCUCCUCCGUGCAGGAGUAGACCUGAAGGCGAGUUGGGGCUGGGACUCAGUGUGUUAUAUGGCUGGUGUAGCUCUGCUCACUUCCUGGCCAGCCCAAACUGUCCACAGAGUCUGUUGGUAAGAAUCUCACUGA